UUUUCUAAUCUAAACUAAACAUACAUAAUGGUUUUCUUUUUGGGUAAAUAAACUGCGCAUGUUCUAUUUGUCACUUUGUGAAAGGGAAAAGUCUUUCUUGAGAUACCUUAAACAGUUUUUCAAUUUACAAUAUCAAACAAUAUUUAUUGCAUUUUAGUUUAUCUACUUAUUUUUUUAAUUACUACUAAUAAAAAUGAUUUUGUUAUUAAAAUUAACAUAACUAUUAAUUAAUUUGAUGACAGUAAUGCUAUUGGCCAUAGUCUGUUUCUGUAAUGACGUCAUUGGUGUAAUUGCAUACAGAAAAAAUAUUGGACAGAAGCAAUGGAGAUGUAGCUGUUGAUCAGUAUCAUCGUUAUAAGGAUGAUGUUGCAAUCAUGAAGUAUAUGAACACAGAUGCAUACAGAUUCUCCAUCUCAUGGCCAAGGAUAUUGCCAAAAGGAAAAGUAAGCGCAGGUAUCAACCAAGAAGGAAUCAAAUAUUACAACAACCUCAUCAAUGAGCUACUCGAUAAUGGUCUAGUACCAUUUGUAACCCUUUUCCAUUGGGAUCUUCCCCAAGCCUUACAAGACGAGUACGAAGGUUUCUUGAGCCCCAAUAUCAUAAAUGAUUUUAGAAAUAAUCUUUUGGAACACAAAAACUGCAAAUGAAAAGCAUUGUUAUGCAAGUUCUACUAAUGAAAUGAUGAAAUACAUACCAUUGGACCAGAGAUAGGCACUUUAUGAUCCAAAUGACCUUCAAUAUGAUCAUGCAUCCUAGACUUUAUAUGGAGUGUCUUUCAAAUAUCUAAAUGCAUUAUAAUCACCUAUAUGAGUCUGGACAUGUAUGA